UGCUUGUGCCUUCAUUUGUCAAUCGUAGCUGCGAUCGCGAUAGAUUCGGCGUGUACGAUUAGGCAUGUUUAGGUACUGUUGGGUUUAACACACCACCGAAAAUCGGAGAGGAGGAGGUUUGAUACAUGUUAACGGGCAGCUCGAUUCGGCCUAUCCAAUGCAGUCCGACGAUAUCGAAGAACAGCGGAUUCCACAUACUAUCCCCGGCCCCCCGCAGCUGCCGCCGUUAAUCAAGGGCCAGAAAAUAAAGAGCGGGCCGUACAUGAUCACGGUGACCGACGAGAUGGUGGCGCAUAGGGAGAGGGAGAACCUGGAGCUGUACAAGGCCUGGGUGCGGGAGCAGCGCAGGAGAAACAUGCUGCCGCAGGACGAUGCCAACGAGUUCAUCGGUGACUUCAAGGACAUCAUCGUCAGGAGGAGCUUCGUCCGCAAGGUCUUCUGCCUCCUCACGCUGCAGCUGAUAUUCACCAUCCUCGUUAUAUCCAUCUUCAUGUUCAUUGACGACGCGCAGAAGUUCAUGAUAGUGCACUGGUACCUGUGGAUCGUCGCCAUGGUGUUGUUCAUCGUCUCGUACUGCGCUGUGGCCUGCUCGGUGCACGCCAGGCGAACGCCACCGUUCAAUUACAUCUGCCUUUGCCUGCUGACGCUGGCAAUGUCGUACCUGUCCGCCUUCGUCUCCGUGUUCUACAGCAUCGAGGUGAUCCUCAUCGUUAUGGGCAUGACCGCCGCCGUCACGACGAUCAUAGCUCUUGUAGCAACGUUCUCCAGGUUUGACUUGACAAUGAGACCGGGUUUGCUGAUGGUGAUUGGGCUGGUUGCGAUCGUAGCCAUUUUUACGGUGCUAAUAAUCUUGCUGUUCACUCAUGUACUAGUUUUACGCCUGGUAAUCGCUAUCAUUGGAACGCUCCUGCUGUGCAUGUAUUUGUACUUCGACGUGCAGACGAUCAUGGGUGGACGCAGGAUAGAAUUGAACCCCGACGAGGUCGUUUUUGCGACCACGCAGAUUUAUGUCGAUAUUGUACUGCUGUAUCAGUACUUGCUGAUGUUCAUGGGAUUCUUCCAACAAUGAAAGAGAGCUAGAGAAGGACAACAAACCGUCUUCGAUAUACUGUAUAUUACAUUGAUAUAUGUAUACACUUAUGCAUUUCUAUUAUGUACAUAUUAUACGUUACAAUAUAA